AUGUUGCCACCUAUUAUGGUUUACACAUGGUCAUUUACUGCUGCUAAACCAUCAUUUCGAUGUAAAAUGUCGGAUAAUGAUACUGUUUUUAAUAGUGAUAUUCCAGGUUUAUUCAAUCAGAGUCAACCGGACGAAGCAUAUUGCAAAGCAAAUAUGAAAAUAUCUGUUAAAGAAUGUCAACGAUGCUAUAGAAAAAUAAUAUCAGAAAGAGGAAUAACACAAAUUGAACCUUGUAAUGAAUUUGUUUUUGAUCGAAAAUAUUAUCAAUAUACACUGGUCGAAGAGUGGUUGAUGGUAUGUGAUCGAACUAUAUUUCGUUCAAUCGUACAAAAUAUAUUUUUUGUUGUAACUGAAUUAGUUGGUCCAAAGAAUAAAUUUCUAACAGCAAUAAGUGUUAAAUAUUUUUUUGCUAUUGGUCAAUUAUUUCUGGUUGUUUUUGCUUAUUUCAUCCGCGAAUGGCGACGACUAUCUUGGACUUUAUCUAUAUUUAUUACACCAUUUAUAUUCUUCCACUUUGUAUUACCGGAAUCAGCUAGAUGGAUGAUGAGUAAGAGACAUUAUACCAAAGCUGAGAAAUUACUUCGACAUAUCGCAAAGACAAAUAAACGACCAUUUGAUGAAGAGGCAUUUCAACGGUUGAAAAAUGAACAAGAAAAAAGCACACUUUGUCAAUCACAACAAAUUGGUGUUCUUGCUUUAUUUCAAACAAAAAUUAUGUUCCUUAUAUCGAUUAAUUUAUUUUUUCAAUGGUUUGUUCAAAAUUUAGUAUUCUAUGGAAUUUCACAAAGUACUGGUUCUUGGGGUUUUAAUCCUUAUCUGUCAUUUACGAUUUCGGCUCUUGUUGAAAUACUGUCUUGUAUAGCAAUACAUCCUUUACUUAACCGAGUAGGACGAAAAUUACCAUAUUUUAUUGCUGCUCUUUGUUUUGCUAUCAUUGCAUUAGUAAUAAUACCCAUACAAAAUUCAGCAUUGAAGAAUAACCAAAGACAAACAUUACUUACAUUUAUAUUAAAUGUAUUAUUGAAAUUUUUUGCGUCUGGUAGUUAUAAUAUUAUUUAUAUUUAUGCAAAUGAAUUAUUUCCGACACGAAUAAGAAAUACUGGAAUGGGUAUUUGUUCAAUGGUUGCACGAAUUGGAGCAAUAGUCGGAACAACCAGUAAUGAUAUGUUGACUCGUGUAUGGAUCAAUCUUCCUACUAUUCUAUAUGGAGUUUUAUCUCUCUUAGCAGCACUAUUUGUUCUAAUCUUACCAGAAACAUUGAAUAAGUCAUUACCACAAACAAUUGAAGACACUGAACAAAUGGGUUUAGCUUGCAUUCGUAUUCGUGGUGUUCAACGAACCAUAGACAUGGAAGAAAAACAAUUCAAUAAAAAGGAAAGUCCGAAUCCAAAUAAUGCUCAUGCACUGAAAUCAACAUGCGAAAGAAAUCAAUACAGUAAUGGAGAUGAUAAUAAUUAA